CUCCAACAAAGGCUCCAUUAACACUUGCAUCUCAUGAUCACACGAUGGAACAUCGCACAACGGCGGUCAAAACACAAAAAGUAUUCUUGAAUGUGAUGCAAGGAAAGAUAGAUAAUCGUUAUCUUGUGGCCGAGCACGCCGACGGUAUAUAGACUCCAGGAAUCUUCAUCUUCUCAGCGACAACAUUCCCACCGACAUGUUUCUCAAUCACACAUAUCACACAUACUUGCUCUCGGACAACAUCGGGAUUUCCUUCACUGACAAUGGCCCUCCACCAAACUCCGACAACUACACCACUCUCGUCAUCUUUCACGGGACUGCUUUCAAUGGAUACAGUCUAGAGAAGCUUCACGGCUUUUCCCAUCAGCUCAAUCUCCGUACCGUCAUCUGGAAUCGACGUGAAUAUCCCUGUUCGACGCCAUACUCCGACUCCGAGCUCGAAGAUCUCACAAAAGGCCGGAAAAUCUUCAUGGACAGAAUUGGGAGACAGGUCUGCGAGUUUCUGUUACAGUUCAUUGAGAAGGAGAAGAUACCCAAAGCUAGCGAUGACUUGAGGAGAGGGGGUAUCGCGGUCAUGGGCUGGUUCAUCGGUGCUUGUUCAGCGAUGGCACUCUUCUCCGAUGCGGAUCUUGUACCUCGCAGGACACACGCAAUUCUGGAGCAAUACGUGAAAGACCUCGUUUUGACAGAUCCUCCCUACCUCUGUUUUGGCUUCAAAAUGCCGGACAUCCGGUAUUACGAUACUUGGACCGACCCAGAUUUAAAGACUCCACAAGAAAAGGUUCAGAAGUUUAGUGUCUGGGUAUCUUCGUUCUUUGAUCACCCCAAUCCUGAUUCCGGGGACGUUCGAGACAUGGACCUCACGGCAAAACAAGGUGGCAAUGCGACCGUCGCGAAGUGGACUUCAAAAGAGUUUGAGCGUUAUUUCAGCGAAGGGGCGGCCGUAAGAUCCGACUUUCCUAUGUAUACCGAACCAAUGCAAACGACACUCAGAGAAUUGACGGAACAGGUGUUUUACGAUGAGAGCCUCAUUAAAUCCCACUUUCCUCACCUCAAGGUUACUGUGGUUUACGGUACGAGAACAACUUGGCGGAGUCUGUGGGGCUCGAAGGAACUACAAAGAAGUUAUGAUGAGCGCUUGUCGAAGGGAAUGAAGGCGAGACCUCUAAGAUCAUACAAGAUAUCUGGAGCGAACCAUUUUCUACACUGGGAGGACCCAAAGCUUUUACUGGAGAAGGUGGCAGAAGGAAUCAGGGGGCCAAACGGCACGCACUUUCGCGGUACAUAGUAUUUGGGUCAUUACCGUGACGCGUAAUGGAAUUUGUCAGUGCACCGCGUCUUGCAACACCAACAAGGUCUCACAGCGCCAGCCCUGAUCCCUCUUUUAAUCUCGGACGAAACUUACCCCUCGAAGAAUCGGCAUGCUUCUGAUGAAUUGAUCAUGCCCUCUCAAAAUACCUAUUUCCACCACUAGACCCCACUGCACCCGAAUCUGUUUGAGAAGGCUUAUCUGUGGAUUGUGGACCGUGGUGUCAGGUGAUUGUUCCAAGUUCAAGUUAGGCAUGCGCAAUACUUCAGGCCGGCAGCUCCAAGUUUUCUGUCUAGGAC